AUGACUGUUACGAACGAAUCAAACGGCACUCCCGCCGGGCGCAGACUGCUGUUUAUCUCAGUGCCCCGCACCGCCUCGAAUCUUCUUCUCAGGAUCGUAAAUAUCCCGAAACAGCCAAAUUUGCACACCACUCCCAAGGGAGGCUACUUCUUCUACCCCGCAUUCAUCGAAUCCACCCAAAAUGGGAGUCUCGUGGACAAGCCUGCGGACCAAUGGACCGCUGAAGACAUAAAUGCGGUGAAGACUUCCAGUCAGGCGUGUCUCGACAGCUUAGAAGAGUAUUCAUCGCGCGCGGCACAAAACAACCAAUUGAUGUUCACUAAAGAGCACGCAUAUUGGAUGUUUAGCCCUGCUACUCGACGAAAGUUCAUCACUGGCCUUCAUGACGAUAAGUUCUUCGAAGCAUUUCGGGUAAACACCCCUGAAAAGUAUGGACCCAAAAAGUACUCGCGAUCCAACGAAACCAUGUUCUCAGAUGAAUAUCUCCGCUCAUGGCAAAUGGUCUUCAUCAUUCGCCACCCAGCACUGGCGUGGCCAUCUAUGUACCGUGCCAUGUUGAAGCUUGGGGAAUCAGGAGUGAUAGACGAAGAUGGCGUGAAAGGUGCAUCGGUCGCAAACAUGACUUUCCACUGGACCCGACUUCUCCAUGACUGGUGCCUCGAGCAACUGGAUGUGCCAGUUUCUGCACCCGUGGUCGAUGCUCACGAUUUGAUCCACCAUCCUGAAAUCGUUCUCCAACUUUGCGAGCAGACUGGACUUGAUAAAAGUGUCGUGCAGUUUGAGUGGGCGGACAAGAGCGAGAAGAAAUCUCUUCACUGGGCUUGCCACAACUCGAAUGCUGAUCCCGAUGAAGUAAAGCUGCAUCAACAGGCUGCGGGUGUUAUGCUUUCGACGCUUGAGAGUUCUGCGGGCAUCAUCAAGGACAAGGCCCCCGAAACAAUUGACAUCGCCGCGGAGGCAGCCAAAUGGAGAGGCGAGUUUGGAGAAGACGUUGGCACCCUGAUAGAGAGAUGUGUUCGUGACUCCAUGUCUGAUUACGAGUAUCUCAAAGCUCGACGAAUCACUGUGUGA